AUGGCGUCAGACCUCUCCAUCUCCACUGCCUCCCCCCAGCUCCCCUCCAUGUCUCCUCUCGCCUCCUCUUCCUCUCCUCUCUCUAUAUCACACCAGAUCGGCAUCUCUAUCCUGGUCCUAGCAUUCGUCUUCGGUUUCCCCGGCAACCUGUUUGUUGUGUGGUCGGUGCUGUGCCGUGUGAGGCAUCGGUCGGUUACCUGCCUGCUGGUCUUAAACCUCGCUGUGGCCGACGCAUUGGUGUUGCUAAGCGCCCCGCUUUUCCUGCGCUUCCUAGCAGGCAGGCGAGGCUGGGAGUUUGGGGCGGCGGCUUGUAAGACGGUGCACUACCUGUGCUGUGUUAACAUGAACGUGUCCAUCUACCUGAUCUGCCUGAUGAGCAUGGAUCGCUGGCUGGCCGUGGCAAGGCCCUUCCUGGCUCAGAGGAUGAGGACCAAGAAAACCCUGAUGGCUGUUCUACUGGGGAUCUGGGUGCUGGCGUUCGUCUUGGCACUGCCCAUGGCCUUCUACCGCAGGUGGGGCUGUGUGUGUGUAUGUGUUUGUGUGUGUGUGUGUGAGAGAGAGAGAGAGAGAGAGAGAGAGAGAGAGAGAGAGAGAGAGAGAGAGAGGCAUGAGAGAGAGGACAUAUUCAAAUACACUUACACUAACAAAAAGGCGGUUAUCAUUCUUCAAUACUGAUCUGAAGAUUUUGGUUUGCAUUACAGGCCGCCUAUUUGUAGUUCCUAAGCUGUUAAACACUUCUCUAAUAAUCUGUGAAGUAUGACUGCAAUAAAGAACCUGGAACACUCAUUGUCUCAAUCAAACAAUCUCUCUCUCUCUGUCUCUCUGUCUUUGUCUCUGUCUCUCUCUCUCUCUCUCUCUCUCUCUGUCUCUCUCUCUCUCUCUCUCUCUCUCUCUCUAUAUAUAUAUAAUUUAGUAACCUGAAGCUGCACAUGAACAGCUCCGUGACCGUCUGCAUAUCGUAUCAUUGGGGCAGUGUGGGUCACCAGGUGUUCCAGUACCUGUUUGAGACCGUCCUGGGCUUCUUCCUCCCCUUCAUCUUCAUCAUUGUCUGCUACACCUUUGUCAUCUGCGGACUACGCAGGGCCAUGUUCCAGCACAAGGGACGGGGAAACCGUCUCAUCCUCCUCAUCAUCGGUGCUUUCGCUCUGUUCUGGCUGCCCUACCACCUGGUCAACAUUUUACAGGUAUGGGAGUUGGCCAAUGUAUUUCAAGGUACUGCACAUUAUUUAGCAGUUAAUUUGUUGUGUGUCGUACAGGUUUAAUAACAGGUAUAAGCCCUAUAUCUGUCUCUCUUGUAUCUAUCUGUCUCCUCUCAACUCUUCGCCUCUUCCUUUUUCUCUCUCUCCUCUUUCCCUCUCUCUCUCUCUCUCGCUCUCUCUUUCCCUCUCUCUCUCAGGUGAUUGGUCUGCUGGGUGGUAACGACACUCUGUUGAAAGUGGCCAAGGCGGUCCGUCCCAACGUCACAGCGUUUGCUUUCCUGAGCAGCAGUGUGAACCCUGUGCUGUAUGUGUUCGCCGGCAGCUCCCACAUCCGCCAGGCCGGCCUCAGCUUCAUGGCCAAGCUCUUUGAGGGCACCAACUCUGAGGGAGGGACCUCUGCCUCCUUUACCCGCAGUUCAAAGUCCAGCCGGAGUGGUUCCUCAGCCCCACUGUCACUCAAGCUGGGGUGGUCGGGGAAGGAGAAGGAGAGGGGUGGGAAUAGUGUGACGGAGCUGCGGGGAGUUGAGGUCAAGGCCAAGUCCAAGCCGGAGCUCAAGACUUUGACCUCCAGUGAUCAGUUGGAGUAGUGUUACUUUUUGUGGCCUAGUGUACUAGUCAUAGGUUAACCGUAUUUAAUGUAUUUCACAGAUCUUUGCUACAAUUUGUGGUUUAUAGCGAGUGUUUGUGGUUGCCUCCAUGCAAUUUCGGAAUAAAAAUAUUAUAAAAUGUCCUUAAUAAAGUUUUAACCUGUUGACAAAUCGAGUAGUAUAGCGAUUUCUUAAAGGAAGGGGAAGGAAUUGUUCUAGAGACUU